AUGGCCGGCAUGAAUGCGUACACGAGCUCUCUGCGAAAUGACAAGCCCGUGACGAAGCCCUACGAGGAGGGUGUCCCGUUCUUCGUGCCUCAGCUCUCCAAGGUCAAAACGAGCAUCAUGUGCCAGCAGAAGCUCCUGUUCAAGUACGAGUCUCCCGGAGUCACCGUAGGCCCCUUGUCGCCCAACCCGGUGCCGUAUCGGAAGCAGGGCAACCAGGCGCUGUACACGGAGGAAAACCUGAAAAGACGUCAGAAACUCAUGGAAGACCCGAGCGUGCUCGAGUCCAUUGAGCGGUUCUGGGAGACCUUCCCCUGUAUUCGACGCGGCAUGGAUACCAUCCCCAUGCACGAGUACGUGGACGUCUUCAUGAAGUUCUACAAGGCACUGGUCGCCCCCAGCGAGUUCUCGAUUGGUGAAGCGCGCUGCAUCGUCGAAAAGGACUGGGGGCGGGACUCGAUCGACGGCGAAAACAUGUCGAAAACGCUCUUCUUCGGCUCUCUCUUCGAAGUGGCGGACAUUUGGACGAUCGACAUCAGCGCCGAAGAGUACGCGUCCUUCCUCAAGAAGCUCUACGAGCGCGUGACCAUGACCAUCUACGACCACGUCAAGCUGCAGUGGAUAACUGCGUUCGCCGAGCUGGACAAGAUCCGCUCCUUUGACGACCCCACGCCGCCUGACGCGGACACUGACAGCCAGAACCUCGACGCGAACAAAAAGUCCAAUGCAUUGGACGUGCGUCUACCCGAGAUUCUGUCGGGACGUAAGGGCCAAAGUGAGAGUGAGAGCAACAACGAAGGCUGGGGGACGACCCUGAGCGAUGAUUUCGGCGCCGGUGACCGCGAUCGCCUCUUCGAGCACAGUCCGAUCAAGACGCGGCUGGAGCAGGUGCUGGAGGGUAAGCGGAUGAGAUCCGAUGACGACCUGUCCAGCGAAUCGUCCAAGACGAAGCCGUCGCGCGUGGCACUACCAGAGCUGACCCCUCCGCAGGUGCUCCUUCCGAUCCCAAGCAUCUAUCUCAACCCGGACUUGACCCACGUCCACGAAGCCGAACGAGCAGCACGCCGUCGCCUGCGGAAAAACGUCAAGCUGGCACAGAGGCUGCGACGAAUCACAUACUAG